GAACUUGAGGAGCUGCUGACGGAGAUCAAGGACGUUUCCGUUGUGCUGGGAAUCGACAACGCAUGCAAACUGGAUCUGAGCAGGAUCGUGGAAGAAGUGAGGGCGCAGUACGAAGCCCUGGCUCUUCGGAGCUGGGAGGAGGCUGAAGCGCUCACCAGGAGGAAGCUGAACGAAGGCAGCAGCCAGUCGGGCACCUACGGGGCUCACCUCCUGGACAGCCGGCGGGAGAUCGCGGACCUGAACAUCCAGAUCCAGAAGCUGAGGUCCUGCAUCGUGUCCCAGAAGAGCCAGUGCCUGUACCUGGAGGAGCACAUCAGAGAGGCGGGAGAGCACGGCGAGGUGGCCCUCAAGGACGCCAAAGCCAAACUGGUCAAGCUGGAAGAAGCCCUCCAGAAGAGCAAGGAGGACAUGGCUCACCUGGUGAAGGAGUACCAGGAGCUGAUGAACAUCAAGCUGGCGCUGGAUGUGGAGAUCCUCACCUACAGGAAGCUGAUGGAAGGCGAGGAGAGCAGCAUGGAGCAACCGAUACCCACCGUCAUCAGCGCCGUCCACUCCAGGGCAAAGCACCUCUCUGCCAGCACCCUGAGAACCUCCAAGCUGUUUGCCAGAGGAACACGCAGCACCGACGGCGAGACGAAGCCAAACGGAGCCAGCACCAAGGUGUUGCCCUCCAGAAGCCCCAGCGACGAUGCAGCAACACCCGACAGAGAUGCCUCCAGCAGCGGUGCCCGGCCGGAGCUCGACUCCCUGCCCGCCGAGGAAUGCUCCUAG